AUGUUAGUUCGUAGUCAUAAAUUAUUUUUAGGGAGGUUGUCUUCUAAUGUCAGUGCAAUCGACUUGCUUUGCGAACUUCCCAAGUUCGGUACUGUUCCGGACCUUUGGAUAGCAAAAAAUUCCCCAGGUUUUGCGUUUGUUCAAUUUAAAAUAUUCACCGAUGCUGAAAAAGCUGUUUGCGCUCUGGAUGGCGUUACGCUUUGCGGAUUUAAACUGCGUGUAGAUGUUCAACGCGCUUCUCUAGGUGACCGUUCGCGUUCAUUUGGACACUGCCGACGAUAUAUUGAUUCUCGAGGUGCUCGAAUGUCUCUAGUGUGCCACUUCGGGACCUCACUUCAUCGUGGGAGGUCGCCACCACCUGGUAUACUUUCGGGCGACCAGUUCCGUUAUCCCUACGACCACUUGGUUGCCUUCCAUAGUCCAGACAUGUUGAACGCCGCAGUGGCCGCUGCUGCAGCUGGCUUACCUUACCAAAUCUCUGCCUACCCCAGCAUGUUUCCCUUGCCACAAGCAGACGAUGUACACCGAGUGAUGAAAUAUUCGCGACGGAUUUCACUCCGAGGAUCUCCUUUCUAUCACAGAAGAAGUCGAAGUCCGAUGGAUAGUCGGAGUCGAAACAUCCACAACCGGCAUCAAGAUAUCCACCGUAGCCGGGAUCGCAGGCGUCCCUCUUUGAUGUCUUCUUGGCAGAGGACUCCGCUACCGCCGUUUUCUUUUACCGCCUCUUCUGAGCUCGAAAGGCGUAGGCAUCGGUACGACCGCUCGCCAACACCUCUCCGAGUGUCGGGGCGUCGAAGACGCUGA